UGUGUUAGCGCGAGGACGUGUUUCCAGUCGGACUGAAAUAAGCAGCGCUCUCUCCGUCUUUCCGUGUGGAGGAACAGCUCCAGCAGCGCACCGUGAAAACAUGCAGGACCCAAAUGAGGACACCGAGUGGAAUGACAUCCUCAGGAAGAAGGGCAUCCUUCCUCCUAAAGAGACGCCGAAGGAAGAGGAGGAGGAGGAGGAGGAGAAGCAGAUCAUUCAGCAGCAGUCCAUUGUAAAAACCUAUGAGAAUAUGACUCUGGAGGAGCUGGAGGAGAACGAGGAUGAGUUCAGCGAGGAGGACGAGAUCGCCAUCGAGAUGUACAGGCAGAAGAGGCUCGCCGAGUGGAAAGCAAAGCAGUUGAAGAACGUAUUCGGCGAACUGAACGAGAUUUCAGGUCAAGACUACGUUCAGGAAGUGACCAAGGCCGGGGCCAGCAUCUGGGUGGUGCUGCACCUCUACAAACCAGGCAUCCCCUUGUGCACGCUGAUCAAUCAGCACUUGUCCUCUUUGGCACGGAAGUUUCCAGACACUAAGUUCUUGAAGUCGAUCUCCACGACGUGCAUCGCUAAUUAUCCGGACAGAAACCUGCCCACCAUCUUCGUUUACCACGAGGGGGAGAUGAAGGCGCAGUUCAUCGGACCGCUGGUGUUCGGAGGAAUGAACCUCACGUGUGAUGAGCUGGAAUGGCGUUUGGCCGAAUCCGGCGCUGUGAAAACGGACUUGGAGGAGAAUCCGAGGAAACAGAUCCAGGACCAGCUGAUUUCAUCCAUCCGCUGCUCAGCACCGCACCGCAAGGACAGCGACGAAUCUGAUGACGACUGAUUGGUGCAGUUUUUUUCUUUCAGGCUCAGUUUGGACUUUUUUUGGUUCUCAAGGACUUCUGGUUAAAAACAAAGUCUGUGUUCCAAUACUGUUUUCAACACAGCCACUCUGACUUCCCUUCAUAACUCCGAAAGUGCAUGUAACUCUUCUCUUCUAAACGUUCUGCGCUCCAGCUGAUCGAAGCGCCCUUAUGUCGUCUGUGUGGGGUCAUCCGAGGGCAGGUGAAGGGGUGGUGCUUGUUUUAAAAACAGAACUGGAACACAUGACUGAUCAUUUUUAUAACCUGCUCAUAAUAAUAAAGGGAUCGGCUCCCUCUAGUGGUAAUGAUUUAAAUCUUCAGCGACUCCUAACACAAUAUUUAGAUUUUUAAGCUGUUAAAGCCAUUUUAUAAGUAGUACGUAUUCUUAUUUAUGCCAUAACAUUUUUGUAUAGGACAUGUUCCUGAUGGCCAUCAUAAAAAGAAAACCUGUAGAUUUA